AUGGCGACGGCGAUGGCGACGGAGAGCGAGAGCGAUGGCGACGGAGAUUUAGAUCACGAUCGUGACGGAGAUUUACAUCGCCACGGUGACGGAAUUUUACACCGCGAUGGUGACGGAGAUUUCGAUCCAGAAAAUCUCCUACGGAUACUUGAAGAUUUCUGUUCGUAUUUGGGUUUCUCUUCGGCUGCUUUAGCCGUAUCUACUGUGGUUCAAUCCUUUUUCGAUAGAUCGGGUACAAGGGUGAGCUGGGUUGUGAUUUCUGCAAUGAUUGGAAAAUCCCUGAAGAUUAUGUGGUCUCCUAAUUGGGAGUAUAAACAAGGUGGUGGCUACCGUGGGCAUAGAGACAGACCCAACCGUGAACUCGGAGAGGGCUCUUCUGGAGGAGGAAAAAAAAAUAACUAUGGCAUAUCUAGAGAAGACCGAGGAAGUUUGGCCAUUAACACCAGGGGUGUCCAACAAUUGAGGAAUGGCCAGAGAAGGAAUUUAAAUGAACCUGAGAUGCUAAUGAUGGAUGCCUUCAAGGAGCCCUCUCAAGCAUUGGUGAAAGAUCAGGAGAAGGUCAGGGGAGAAAAAUCUUCCAGUGCUAGGAAAUCUCUCAAUUUUGAGACAAUGGUGGAAUCUACUGAGAAUGAGUUGGUGCACCAGGAGCCUGGGAGUAAUGUGGAGAUGGUUCCUGAUCGUCAACUGGAGAGGACAGUUGAUUUGGAUAAGGGGUUUAAUGAUCAACCGGUGGCUUCAGAUGAAGCAAAUUUGAUGUUAGUAGGUGUUCUACUUUCCGACUCUGAGCUGGUAGAUGAGGACUGGGAGGAUGGAGAGCUCCCGGAUUUCUUGGACGAGAUGGAAGGGAUGCAGUUCACUGUUAAUGUGCCUGAGGCAACCCACGAGGACAACAUCCCGCAAGAAGAUACAAACGCAGAGGAGGGCACUGCCAAGGUGGCAAAGAAGAAAAGCUCCAAAGCAGGGAUCAACAGGACUCGUCUUGUGCAUAAGCUACUCUCACCUAAGAAGGGCAAGAUUUCAAAGCCAGCUUUGAAGAAUGGAGACAAAGGUAAUGGAGAGGGUAAGAAGAAUGGUGGUAAGCACUAA